AUGGAACAAUGGGAAGGAGCUGAUGGCAGUUCACAUUUGCUAACUGACCAAAACCCCAUUCAAGUCAUUGUUGAUACUGUUAUCAAUAGGCUUUUGAUAUUUCUCCCCUGCGACGUCUCAAUCAAGCAAUAUACCUUCUCAAACAUCAAGAGCAUUGCUGAUGAACUUAUAAAUGCUGCCAAAAGAUCUUCUAACAGAAUGGAUUCACAAAUUAAGCAUGCGAUCGUGGUGAAAAUUGUGGGUAGGACUGGGUCUAGAGGUCAGGUGACCCAUGUGAGAGUGAAAUUUAUUGAUGAUCAGAACCGAUUCAUUAUGCGAAAUGUCAAAGGACCUGGCAGGGAGGGUGAUGUUCUCACCCUGCUCGAAUCUGAGAGAGAGGCCAAGAGGCUGCGCUGA